AUGCAUUUGUCUAGAGUGUUUUCGAGGGGAAUUCACCUGGUUCCCAGGCUCAAAAACCACCAGCAGUGGUCACAAGAUGGAAUCAAGGGCUUGAUGUCUCCAAAACAGUACAAAACGAGCUGGACAGACUACCAGAAGUAUCUGACCACCAAUCUCACUUUCAAAACCAUUGGAACCGAGCACGAGACAAGAACGCCAUUAGCUAUCACCCUGGCCACUGCGAAAAAACCCGAACAAGGCCCACUGUUCCACUUCGCCUCGCAAUCUCACAACAACCACUUGUUCUUCGAACAACUGCAGGACGCUUCUACUGAUCCACCGGCGCUCAAAUCGCGUCUCGAAAGACAUAUCACCACAGCAUUUGGCUCACUAGAAAAUCUCAGAAAUGACUUCUUGUAUGCCGCUGAUACACUGACUGGAAAUGGAUGGGUUUUUCUUGUGGAGACACAGGAGAAAACGGUUAAAAUUAUCUCUUGCAACAAUGAUGGCACCCCAUACUUGUACAGCAGAAACCAAUCCUCCGACCUUAAUGGCGCCAUCAGCAUUGAGGACUUCGAAAAACUCAUUUCCAACAAGGAUAGAUUAAGUCGGAAAAUUAAAGACUAUACCGUUCCCCUACUGGUUUGCAAUGUAUGGGAGCACGCCUACAUCGAGGAUUAUGGAGUCAACGGUAAAGCCGAUUACCUAGAAAACUUCUGGAACUGUAUCAAUUGGGAGAUUGUUAACAACAGACUCUUUGUUAAUAUAGGUCUCUAA